AUGCCAGGUGACCAACAAGAAGCCGUGACGCUGCCCUGGUCGUGGUGGGUGCGUCUCAAGAUCAGCGACUUCCUCGUCAUCGCUGUCGUCAUCACUCCUGCCGUCAACCUGUUCUGGCGUGGCACGUGGAACGUGCUGGAAGAGUCCCUACCAGGAGACGCUGGCAGCCGCGCUUGGUUGUCUCUCGCGAUCGGCAGCCCGGCCCUUCUUCUAGCCGGGCUGCUACAACACCCCUUCCGCCGGCUGGGGGUACGGGUACAGGGGAAGAGCAUGCUUGGGUACCAUGUUCUCGGCAUGCUGUAUUCGUACGUUAUCGCGUUUGCCUCUGUGUCACAGUGGCGGGGGUUCUGGAACCUUCCAGACUACUACAUACCACAAAUGGCUACCCCCUCCGGGUACGGACUUAGGACCAUUCUAGGCUUCGUUGCCAUGGUAAUUUUGCGAACCGUUCUUCUAGGAGGAGGAUGUCCGCGGUCGGUUUCUGUCGACUUCGAUCCCGAUCCGUCCGAGUCGAUCUCCGAUUUCACACGAACAAAGCCGAACGCUUUUCGUGGCGGUUCGUCCUGGACGUCAGGUUACGGGGUUUACGUGCUCGCGACGUUCGCACAAUAUCCUGUGAGCGCGCUCUCAAAACAUCUCCAAGGUACCGACAAAGAGUUCUGGAAAAGGCUGGCGCUCGAGGACGUCUAUCUGUUAAUAGUAAACAGCGGCGUGGUCAACAUUUGGAGAGGAGUAUGGAGCGUGUACGACUGUUACAUCCUCCCUGAGCAGCCUAAACUCAGCGCCUGGCUGACUCACGGGGGCGGAGCGGCGGUCUGCUUCCUGGUGUUUGCAGGGAGGAGUCUUUCCAACGGCGGGGGAAUCGGCGUGUCUAUAGACGGGGAAGCAGACGACGGGACGGCCGUCCUGAACGGCAGUUACCUGCAGGCUGGCCCGAACGAGACCGCCAGGCGCGUUGACUUAGAUGUCUCUACAAAUUAA